AUGCCGCCCAAGCCAAUCAAUCCCAAUGAACACUUGGCCAUUCCCGAGUGGAUAAAUGAGGAUUACUUUCGACCCAUUCUCGAAAAAGAUGUGGAUAACUUUGAUAAAAUUGUGAAUUUUAAUCGCGUUGCCGCAACGGCGCCUGGAGAGAACUACACCUCCAUUAUGGUCCGGGUUCUUAUAGAUCUGUUGUUCAAAGAUGGCAGUCCAGGUCAAAUAUCUUAUAUUCUUAAAACGGUAUUGGAUAUGAGUAAAGGAGGCGCCUUGAUCAAUCAAAUGGGAAUGUUCCCCAAGGAGAGGGAGAUGUACCGAGACAUUAUUUCCCAAUUUGCGAGACUCUACAAGGAGGCUGGACUAGAUAUUGAACUGGCUCCCAAGUGUGUUCACACCGAGGAAACUCCAGAAAGAAUUACUCUUGUCUUCGAGGAUCUUAGUAGGCAAAACUUCCGGAAUUUCGACCGAUUAAAAGGUUUUGAUUUGCCACACAUUCGAUGUGUGCUCCGUAAAUUGGCCGAACUUCAUGCCGCCUCCGCUGUUUAUCGCGAGUUGUGUGGACCUUAUGAUGAGAAAUUCUACAAGUCCUUGUUUAUAAAGGAAAAUGAGAAGGUUUUUACUAAAAUUAAGGAGACGCGAGAUCCUGGAUAUCUGAAAGCAAUGCGUGAAUGGGGCAUUCAAGAUAUUGAGAAAUACAUCAACAAGUUUCCCUCUCCCUCAAAGUUUUUUGAAGAGGGUCUUAAAAUCAAUCAAGUGGACGAAAGUGACUUCAAUGUGCUGAACCACGGCGACUCCUGGUCUAAUAACAUAAUGUUUAAUUAUAAGGAGAAUGGGGAAAUUGACAAAACCAUUUUCGUAGACCUGCAGCUCUGCAAGUGGGGCUCUCCGGCGCAGGAUCUUCUAUACAUGAUCAUCACAUCUGCUUCGCUGGAUAUUAAGGUUAAGGAGUUUGAUCUAUUCAUACAGAUUUAUCACGAACGUUUGGUGGAGUGCCUAAAACUACUUAAUUAUACGAAAAGAAUCCCUACUCUGAGGGACAUGCACAUUAUGAUUAUCAAAUUCGGCUCUUGGGCUUUCUUCACAGCCACUGGAGUACUAGUGGCUACUUUGAUGCCAUCGGAUAAGGAUUCCAAUAUGGAUAAUAUGAUGACACCCGGCCCAGAAUCGGAUGCGAUCCGCUACAAGACCUUUAUCAAUCCAUAUUAUGUGAAGGCCAUGCAGCAAAUGCUUCCCUUCCUCGACAAAAAGGGUCUCCUAGACUUUGAUUAGUUUAUAAGUAUUAAAUACAUAUAAACAACUUCAAAAAGUAA